AUGAGAUUUGCCGUAGGAUUCCUGGUCCUCGCUGUGCUAGCCAUAUCCUGCCAGGGCAUAGAAUCGGAUCGUGAGGAUAUUGCCGGUUCGAAAGAUUCCGCACUGGCAACGUUUCUGCAACCGCUGGAGGCAAAGUGGCGCGAUGAUCAAACCAUCCCCGAGCGUCGUUCCAGAGAAUUAAGCUACUUUGGCACUGGGUACAGCUACAACCCGUACGGAGGUCAUCACAAUCCACUGUACACGACGCCAUACAGCCAGCAAGGCUUGUACAAUCCUUACGCCAGUCCUGGCUAUGGGUUCGGCGCUUUGAACGGCUAUGGAGGUGCUGGAGGACUCGGUGGCUUUGGGGUUGGUGGUAGUGUUGGCUAUUUAGGCACCGGAGCAGGUGGUUACCCUGGUGGAGCACAGUUUGGAUACUCUGGUUUUGGACAGGGUGCCGGCGCAUAUCCUUAUGGAGGUGGAUUUAAUGUGGGCCAAAGUCCGUACGGUGGGUAUGGCAAUCAGCUCGGCGGACUGUACAAUCGAGGACUGUAUGUUUGA